UAUCCAAGUUCAGCAGGUUCUUAUUCUUUUUUAGCUCAUAUCUCUCUUCUUCCUUCUCUCUUUCUCUUCACUAAUAUCUCCUACAAUACUCCGCUCCCAUCUCGAAUCUCCAAAGCCGUGCAACUGUCUGCGUCCAUUUCUAGAUGAGCUAGUCCCGAUGCGGAAUAGGUUGAACCCUAUUUGAUCUGUUCCUCCGCUGCUCGGUCUCUGCGAUUAUCACCACUCCGCUGCCCACAGUCCUCUGUCUUCAUCCCUCUUCUCUUCUUUUAUUCAUUCAAGGGGCUCUGCGGAUAAUCCGGGUUUGAUCGACAUCAUGGCUGACUUUAUCAGAACUCAGAUCUUUGGCACCUCCUUCGAAAUCACCAGCAGAUAUUCCGACCUCAAUCCCGUCGGAAUGGGUGCUUUCGGCCUGGUCUGCUCUGCCCGCGAUCAGCUCACCGGUCAGGCCGUCGCCAUCAAAAAGAUCAUGAAGCCUUUCAGCACCCCCGUUCUCUCUAAGCGCACAUACCGUGAGCUCAAGCUGCUCAAGCAUCUCCGACACGAGAACGUCAUCUCGCUUUCCGAUAUCUUCAUCUCCCCUCUCGAGGACAUCUACUUUGUCACCGAACUCCUGGGCACAGACUUGCAUAGACUGUUAACCUCCCGUCCACUCGAGAAGCAGUUCAUCCAGUACUUUCUCUACCAGAUCCUCCGAGGCCUUAAAUACGUGCACUCGGCCGGUGUAAUUCAUCGCGAUCUGAAACCGAGCAACAUUCUCGUCAACGAGAACUGCGAUUUGAAGAUCUGCGACUUUGGACUGGCGCGAAUCCAGGAUCCUCAGAUGACCGGUUACGUUUCGACCAGAUACUACCGUGCACCAGAAAUUAUGCUUACCUGGCAAAAAUACGACGUCGAAGUUGACAUCUGGAGUGCGGGAUGUAUCUUCGCCGAGAUGUUGGACGGAAAGCCCCUGUUCCCUGGAAAGGAUCAUGUGAACCAGUUCUCAAUCAUCACCGAGCUUCUGGGAACCCCUCCUGACGACGUGAUACACACAAUCUGCAGUGAGAAUACCCUUCGCUUUGUCAAGUCUCUACCAAAGAGACAAAGAAUACCAUUGUCGCAAAAGUUCAAGAACGCGGAUCCUCAGGCGAUCGAUCUACUAGAGAAGAUGCUCGUUUUCGAUCCGCGCAAGCGAAUCACGGCCGCCGAGGCUUUGGCGCACGAGUACCUCGCGCCUUAUCACGAUCCGACCGACGAGCCUGUUGCCGAGGAGAAGUUUGAUUGGUCGUUCAACGAUGCGGACUUGCCUGUCGAUCAGUGGAAGGUAAUGAUGUACUCUGAAAUUCUGGACUUUCACAACAUCGACGGAGGAAUAGCACAAUAGGUCAAGAUCUCGAGUGAGGCGUGGGUAUAAGAUAAGUGGUGAGCAGCAGAUGGGGUGUUCUGUGAGGAGACUCGAAUACUUGGAUUGAGCAGAUACCGUGUAGUUUCUAUUCAGAAGGUAAUACGUCUUUGAGUGUCUUUGGUCGAGCAGACAGAUGAUCGAAGCACUCGAAUUUUUCCCAUAAUUUAUUCUCAAUUAAUUUUGUUUGUUGUUGUAUUUCUUGGGUUUUGUUAUUGUUUUGUUUAUUAUCUAGUUGUUGUUUAUCUCUUGUUGUUAUUGUUUAAUAGUAGUCUGUGUAGAAUCUGCAAAGUGAGGA